UGGACCACUAAAACAAAUUAAUGUCGCAGGUGUGUUGUUGUUGUCAUAGAGGAGGGUGUGGUUAUGUGGUCAUUUAACUAAUUAUUUUUCAAAUAAUUCUCCAAAUUUUAACAAAAAUGAAGACUUUAUCAAGCUGCUUAAUCUUGUUGGCUUUUAUAGACUUGGGCUUGACGCUAGAAUGUUAUGUUUGUGAUAACCAGGAAGACAACAGAGGCAAAUGUGUGACAACAAUUAAAACGUGCGAAUAUGGAGAAAACGUGUGUUUGACGGAAAUUAAGUGGGGAAGCACACCCUAUUGGCAACAAGGGGCGUUGAAACAAUAUUACGUUUCAAAAAAAUGUUCAACGAAGGAAAAGUGUGAGAAUUAUCGAAAAAGUAAUAUGCCUUAUUGUACACACAUUUGGUAUCAAGAUUGGAAGUGUUCUGAAUGUUGUAAGGGAGACAGGUGUAAUUAUUAUAUUAUUUCAGGAUCAAGUAGGCAUUCCAUUUACUCAACAGCAUUUUACAGUGCUCUUCUUUUUAGUGUUCUCUAUACGAUUUUGUAACUUGAUUACAAAAUCACAUCUCAUGUUAAGCGAAAUUAAUCCGUCCACGUUUUUUAUUAUUUUUUUAAUAAACAAUUUUUAUUAAUUA